AUGGCUAAAAAAGGUAAAAUGAAGAUUAGUAAAGUGAAAAGAAACAAUCAAACCACAAACAAAAUGAGGAAAAAAGGUCAAUUGAAGCUGCAAAGGCACAAACAAAAGGUGCAAAAACAGGGACAACCUACAACUCAAGACGUACAAUACAGUAGUGAAAGCGAACCUUCUGGGGAUGAGUUCGGAGACAUGUUGGACGAUGAAGAACAGCAGUAUCUGAUGAGGCGACUAUCGAAGCAACCACAGCUACUGUCCAAUGUGCCCGAAGAAGAAAAGAUAAAUAAGAACUCUAGAAAACGGAAGAGAGAAAAGAAAGAGAAGCCGCCAAAGAAAUUGAACACCGUGGGCAGUGACAGUGGAGCAGAGAGUGAAGCACUCUCUGAUAGUGAUAUAGAAGAUAAGUAUGAACAAGAGCUAGCAGAGAGGCCUGUAAAGAAAAUGAGGCCGCUCCUGCCUAUAAAGACUAAAGAUGGACUUAUGGAGAGGACUGAAGAAUGCGAAGACACAGAAUCGGAAACUGAAAUCCAAGGUGAGGAAACUCAGAAAUCCAUAAAACAGACUGAAGAUCAAUCUUCAGAGGCAUCUGACUCAGAUUCAGGUAUGGGAGGCACUGGAGAGGAAGACACACUUGUUGACGGUGACCAAAAGGUUGUCAGCACUGUUGAACUGAUGGCUGCUAGGAGAGACAAAUUACAGAGUGAUAAAUUGAGAAUUGGUGCUCUAUGUUCUUCGCUGCUUGAGAGUCCAGAAAAAAAGCUAAAGAAUCUCUUCCCCAUUCUCUACCUAAUGGAAGAGCGUUUAAAAGAUAAUACCUUGAACCUUCACUCGACACGCAAACUUGCCACGCUGUCUGCCUUCGAAGUGUUUAAGGAUAUCCUGCCGGAGUACAUGAUACGGCAUCAAGAUUAUUCUAAUAUUAAAUUGAAGAAGGACACCCUAUCUCUGUACAAAUAUGAGAAGGAGUUACUGGAAUUCUACAAAAGAUACUUACAGAGGUUAGAGAAGGCAGCCGGCGUGUUACGUCUCAGGAAGGGGGACAACAGGAAGCUAGACGAGCCAACCCUGAGCCUGGCGCUGGUGUCUCUCCAGUGCAUGUGCGGGCUGCUGGUGGCGCGGCCCUACUUCAACUACGCGCCCAACAUCGCGCAGAGCGUGGCGCCGCACCUCGACAGCUCGCACGGAGACGCUCGCAAACUCGUCACCGACUGCUGUGCGUCCGUCUUCCGGGAAGACAAUAAGGGCGAUAUCACCCUGGUGUGUUCCUCAGCUUUCAAUAAUGGUUAUGGUGGUCCAAGUCUACCUCGGCCUUUAGGCUACAAGUAUGUGGUGACAUCUACUUAA